AUGGAGACUGUCAAGCAAGCCGCCAACUACGUCGCCGAGACCGUUCAGGGCUCUGGUGCUACUGCCGAGAAGGAGGCCAACAAGACCACCGCUAAGAACUCCGAUGCCAGCGUCACCACUCGCGCCCAGGCUGCCUUCGAUGCUGCCGGCAACAAGAUUGACGAGCAGAAGCACGAUGUCAAGGCUGAUGUCCACAAGGAGGCUGCUAAGCAGUAA